AUGAAAUACGACAGGGCGAACGUGACGAGAAAAUGGGCAUCAGACCGACACCUGAUCAACCGACCGACCAACACGACCGGUCCCAAUCACAAGUUCAUCGUUUGCCCUCCUGAACACGAACUGCUCGGCGACAUCGACCGAGCAUGCCCGCGUAGACAGUACUGGUUUGACGGCAAACCGGUGAAAGAAUGGCUGUGCGAUCGAUCGACCGACUGUCGACGAAUGACCAUCGCCAAAGCGGACAGCAUCGCUCGACGAACGAUCAUGGCUCAUCUGGUCAUCCUCGGUCGGUCAUGUGCCAACGUCGUGGCUGAACGUCUCUCUACCGGUGGUGGGUCUGUGGGUCGUCGAAUACCGUGCGCCAACUGCAGCCGAAAGCGGGCGAUCGAAGCCAGAUGA